AUGAGGCGGCUGGAGGGGAUGAGGGAGCUGAGGGGAAUCGGGGACAUGAGGGAAACCGGGAGAAUGAGUGGAACCGGCAGUCCUGAGGGGAAACCGGGGUCGCCGUGCCUGAGCUUUGACGUGGUGCGGGACGGGCUGGGGGACGGGCGGGAGGAGCCGCCGCUCUCGGUGCUGCUCUGCGCCGGCACCCAGGCCGAGACCCCCAGCGCAAACCGGGUGCUGCUGCUGCAGAUGCAGAACCUGCACGGGCUGCGGGGCAGGAGGGGCAGUGACAGCGACAGUGACAGUGACAGCGAGGAAGAGGAGGAGGAGGAGGAGGGACGGGAGCCGCAGCUGCUGCUCCUCAUGGCCCCCCACUACGGGGGGAUCAACAGGCUGAGGGUGACGUCCCUCGGGGGGUCCCCGAUCGCGGCCGUGUGGUCGGAGCGGGGCCAGGUGGAGGUGCUGGCCCUGGAGGGGGCCCUGGGGGUCCUGGGGACGCAAUUUGGGGAGGGGGAUUCGGGCAGGGGGCCCAAGAGCGUCCAGCAGGGAGCACUGCCCGCCCUGGCCACCUUCAGCGGCCACCUGGACGAAGGCUUUGGUCUCUGCUGGUCCCCCCCCAGUCCAGGCCGGCUGCUGUCCGGGGACGUGCGCGGGCGCAUCCAUCGCUGGGAGCCGCGCGAGUCCGGCUGGGUCGUGGACCAGCGGCCGCUGCUCGGCCAUGGCGGCAGCGUGGAGGACAUCCAGUGGUCCCCCUGCGAGGCCUCGGUGUUCAUCUCGUGCUCCUCGGACGCCUCCAUCCGCGUGUGGGACGUGCGGGCGCCGCCGGCCCGCGCCUGCCAGCUCAGCGUGGCCGCGGCCCACGAGGGCGACGUCAACGUGCUCAGCUGGAGCCGGCGCGACGCGGCCGCGCUGCUCAGCGGCGGCGACGACGGCGCCCUGCGCCUCUGGGACCUGAGGAGCAUCCGGCGGAGCCCCUCGUGCGUGGCCACCUUCAAGCAGCACCGCGGGCCCAUCACCUCGGUGCAGUGGCACCCGGGCGAGAGCGGCGUCCUGGCGGCCGCGGGCGAGGACGACCUGGUCACGCAGUGGGACCUGGGCGUGGAGAGGGACCCCGAGGUGGGCGAGGGCGACGGGGACGGGGAGGGGCUGCGGGAGCUGCCGCCGCAGCUGCUGUUCCUGCACCAGGGCGAGAGGGAGGUGAAGGAGCUGCACUGGCACCCGCAGUGCCCGGGGCUGCUGCUGUGCACCGGCCGCGAGGGCAUCGCCGCCUUCCGCACCAUCAGCGUGUGAGGGCCAAAAUU